AGGCCGUUUUUAAAAAUGAUCAACAAGAUUUUCUUUGCCUCUCUGUUCCUCGGUCUGUUCUCUGCAGGCUCCUCGCUGAGCUGCAGAUGGAUGGAUCAUAAAUUCAAACAGCACAACGAAGAAACUUUGAAUCUGCUUGAUGCCAUGGCUGAUAGCUCCACUAAGACCACUGAAGUGAAGGACGCUGUGGCCUUCCCUAAUCACCUGUACCACCAGGCAUCAAACUCAUCAGCUGAGGAGAAACUGGCUUUAUCAGCUCAGAUUCUUGAGGAGGUGGCUGCCCUGUUUGAGGAGGAUCACAGCUCUGCAUCAUGGGAGGAGAGCACAGUGAGGAACUUUCUCAAUAUUGUGAACAAACAGGCUGAAGAGCUUCGCUCCUGUAUUGGGAGCCACAAGAAGAAGAACACAAAGCUGCGCAUGUAUUUUAAGAGGCUCUCACAUCACGUCCUAAAGCAAAUGGGUCACAGUGCUGAAGCCUGGGAGCUGAUCAGGAAGGAAACCAAAGACCAUCUAAUGAGAGCGGAACAGCUGACGUCAUCUCUGUGCUCCGCCCACUAAAAACCUGUCUGUCAC